AUGCUCAAGGAGAAGGAGCAGGUACAAAGCCAGCUGAAGACCAAAGACGCCGAGGUGCAACAGCAGGAGAAGAAGUCCAAAGCCGACCAAAACCUCAAGGAGUUGCACAUGAAGAAGAUCGCUGAGCACGAAAAGACCAUUGCAAGCCUGCAGGCAGAACGUACAAAGCUGACGACAGAGGCUGCAAAAACCGUGCCGCAGGCGGAGGUGACAAAGCUGAGAGAGGAGAACCAACAGCUGAAGGCCAAGCUGGAGGAGGGCCAGCAGGCCGUGAGCGAGGAGCGCUCCAAGUCCCAGGAGCUCGUUAAGGCGAAGGGCCAGCUGCUGAGUGACUUGAAGAACAAGGAUGCGGAGUUGAAGAACAGCCAGUCACAGCUCGAGAAGCAGGUCUCGGAGGUGAAAAAGAUGGAAGGCGUGAAGUCGCUGCACUCGAGCAAGAUCGCAGACAACUCCAAGGAGAUUGAAGGUCUCAAAGUAGAAGCCGCAAAGCAGAAAGAGGAGAAUGCCAAGCUGAAGGCAGAGAUUCUUCGGCUCACCGCCCAGGUGGACCACGGGAAAAAGGACGCGCAGUCCUUGCAGGAGAUGAGCAAAAAUCCCUGCAGAAGCACGCAGUCACUUCUCUUCACCUGGCCUUCGAGUAUCAGAGAGCUCUGGAGGUGGUGCUACCCGAGGCAGAGCAGAAGCAGCACUUCGAGAAGCUCCUGCAGGAACUGGAGAAGGAGAAGGGCAACACCAGGCCAAGCGAGGAGCAGGCACCUGCUGAGGCUCCUGCCGACAGAUCUGCAGAGGCUCCUGCCGACAGAUCUGCAGAGGCUCCUGCCGACAGAUCUGCAGAGGCCUCGCAGGCUGCCAAGCGCAAGGCGGAGUCCGCGGGCAUACUCGUCCUCGGCCAGGCCAAGGCAGCGAAGCAAGAAAGUCCGCCACCAGUGA